CAAGGAUGCGUCUUAGCCCCCACACUGUUCAAUAUCUACCUGACGGCUGUGAUGUCGUGCGCAUUCAACACAUGCGAAUACGGUGUGCAUCUAGAGCACCGCAUGGAUGGGGGUUUGCUUAACAUCCGCCGCUUUGGAUCAAGAAGUUUAGUGCGUGAGACAACCAUUCGUAUGCUACUGUUUGCAGACGACUGCGCGUUAUUUGCACAUACUGAGGAAGAACUGCAAUGCAUGACGACAAUCUUAGCUUCCACAGCGACUAAGUUUGGACUCAGCAUAAACACAGGCAAGACUGUAUGUCUAUUUCAGCCGGCACCGGGAGUGCAGCCCGUGUGCGGACCAGAAAUACGGAUUGUAGAUGUAGUACUACAGAACACGUCCGCCUUCUGCUACCUUGGGAGUACAUUGUCUAGCGACCUACGAAUCACCAACGAACUGCGCGCUCGUGUGGCGAAGGCAAGUGCGGCUUUUGGGAAACUGGAACAUCGCGUGUGGAAGAACCAUCAUCUCACUGUUAGAACCAAGGUGAUGGUGUACAAAUCAAUGGUUCUCUCAGUCCUUAUCUAUGGAUCGGAAACUUGGACACUGUACAGAAAGGAUAUCCGGUUUUUGGAACGAUUCCAUCAACAGUGCCUUCGCCGGAUUCUGCGCAUACAAUGGUGGGACAAUGUGCCAGACACUGAUGUGAUCCGCCGGAGCGAAGUGUACACCAUAGACUACAUGCUACUGCUGCGACAUCUCCGGUGGCUUGGACAUGUGCGCCGUAUGGAUGCAACGAGAAUCCCGAAGCAAUUGCUGUACGGACAACUGAUCGCAGGUGGCCGGAAUGCUGGCAAACCCAAGUUGCGUUACCAAGAUAAUAUCAAGGUUAGUUUGUCCAGAUUAGGUAUUGACCUAAAUAUUUGGGAGGAGUUGGCAACAAAUCGCCGCAUCUGGCGUGAUCUCAUCACCUGUACCGUUGCCCAAUCGCAAGAAAGGCAGAUGGUGCAUCGAGAAAUUAAACGUGCAGCACGCAAACAUCAUCUGCCGUCGGACUUCAAUUCUUCGGCUACUCCAACAUGGAGCUGUAGUGCAUGUGGCCGUGUGUGUUUUAGCCCAGCUGGUCUGGCCAGUCAUCAACGAGGCCACGAUGGGGUUAUGCCGAACAGGUGGAUUGUUAGAUCGAGCAUCACGGACUGACAUGUGACACUUGGUGGUACGCAACUGAGAAAGGACGGUACAUGUUAAACCGGCCAAACGGGAUGAAGCGAGGUGAGUCAGAAUGGAAUCACACGGGGAGGAUUUUUGCACUGAUAAUGUACUAAUUCACCAACUGUUGCAGUGCAAUGACAACCACGCAUAGUUUCUGCAAAGACACAGGCGCGUACUAUAUUUACCAUACUGGUAAUCCGAACACAGAUGCCUCUAUACGAAUGCCCCUAUGCUGAGGUUUGAUGUUGCAUACACCAUACUUCUUUAUCGCAGUUGGGCUACACUGACUUACUUACUUACUUACUUAUAACAUGUUACCUUAUUUUACCGUACCUUACCAUUACCAUAGCCUAGGAACCCUUUACCUAAUACAGUAUGGAAAAGCAAUGCUUCCUCGAUUUGGUGGCAAAUUGGCAAUGCGAUAGACAUGUUCAAGUUGGAUCAUGCAUUCAAAUAUCAAUCGCUCUGGAACAUCCGUGGAAAGUGAACAGUCCCGGUAAGUAAUUGACUAGCGAUUAACAUGCUGCUGUUGAUGUGUUAUGCUAGGUUUCACAUUAACUCUGUUAGAAUGAUUAGAGCAAUAAUUCCCGUUCUUCAUCUGACAACCUUAUCUUAGCUGAGCUUAUGAAAAUAAGUUGACUUCAGCGCACCAUUUCC